AGUAUCAUGUUUCGUUUAAACAUGGAAAUAAGGUGGCGUAGUUAUUUAAAAUGCAAUCGAACAGUUGAAUAUUGUUAAAUAAAAUGGCAGAGAUAAGAUGUUCGUUCAUGUCCCUAUAGGAGAAAUGUCAACGUUCGAACUGUUAUGAAGUUUGUUUGGAUAAUCACGAGCUUUAUCCGAUAAGUACCAAGGGCUCAACACGUGUGCAUCGUCUGAUAAAAAACUGAAACCAGACGAGAGACCUGCGGGAUUGAACCAUCAUGACUUUCUCUCCGUCUUGAACAUGCUGACUCUUUUUUGAUAGUUUUGCUCUUCACGAAAGCAGACCGGGAGGAAAGUUCACGAUCAACAUUUAUAUCAAUCUCCAAUAUCUCGUACACGUAACAGCGUCAUGAGUGUACAGCCUGUAUGACCCUGUACCAAUAUAUAACAGGGCAUUUUGACGAACUUGAAUUUCACUGCCGCUGGUGAUGUCACCCCGGAGUCUCAGCGUGUGAGUAGAUGUUCGUGGCGGACUGACAGUUGCUGCAGUUACAUGUGCACGCUUCACGGCCUCAGUGGCGGAUUAUAUACAUUCAAACUGACGUGCAAUAGAAACUUUCUGAGAUCUUGAAAGAAGCCACAUCUUUACAAAAUUACUGAGAGUUGUGUUGGAAUAACGAUGUCGAUAAAGUCUGGUGUGUCGAGCGCGACACUGGUGGAGAGACGGAGACAGCCGUUCUGUGAGGGCUGGGUGGAACACAAGGCACACACCCAGGGAGGCGUACGGUACCGGAAGCUGUACAUGCUGCUCGAGCAGAACGUCAUCUACAUAUUCGAGAAGACGCCGCCCUGUAGUCAGAAUCAACUCGGGAACUUGACGCUAGAAAAAGGCACGCGUUUCCGGUACAUAGGUCCCACUAACGAUCACAGCGCUUACAAGUUCGACCUUUUCGCUGGCGGGCGCCUCAACAGGUUCAAGACCGUUCGUCUGUCUGAGUUGGAGCGAUGGCGCGGAUACAUUGAGGGCAUUGUAACGCGGACGGUGCCUGGUGACCUGGACCUGCUUGAGGAUCAGGUAAGGCGGAUCGAGGCAGACGUGCGCGGCUACUACAGUGAGUCGGACAGCGGUUAUAUGCCCGACGAAAUCUCUGUCAGGCGCGGCGGCGCAGGAGACGCGAUCUCAGGAGGACUUGGGUCGGGAGGUGUGUCGAUCCAGACAGAUGUAACCGCUUUCAGUCCCAGCUCAGGGUCUGGUGGUUCCGGUAAUGGAUACAACCAGAAGUUGGACAACGGUGGACCGGUGAUGGUUCACCGCUUCAACCCAGACAAAUUCGGGGACCAGACCCCGCCCAGUUGGUUUAUGACUCGCUGCUCUCGGGCGACGGCGGAGACGGUGUUGCAAGCGGCUGAGCGGCUCGGAUACGGCAACACGCUGUUGAGGGAGAGCACCACGCACAUCAGUACCGGAAGUUAUGUCAUCUCAAAACUCGUCAGGGACAAACAAACUAAUGGUGUGCAGUUUGACCACUACGAAGUGAUACGAGUGGCUGGCGGGUACCAAAUAAAAGUUGAAAAUAAGCACGAGCCGAUGACGUGCCUGACAGAAGUGAUGCACUACUUCCAACGCACGUGCGGGCGGGGCACAGUGAUGCUCACGACUAAUGACCGUCGGAAGCUGCAGGUGGAGGCCCAAGAGGAGCCCAGCUAUGUUACCCGCUUCCCGCGCCCAGCAUCACAAGUUGCAGUGCAAGAUCACGUCGAACCCGAGCCAGCGGAAAGACUUAUCUAUAGCAAUGUUGCCCCAACGAAACCCGAUUAUGACGACCACGGUCCGGCCCCUCCUUCGUGGAGCAAGGGAAGUUCCUCCAGGCAGCCGCAAGUGGAGGGUGGUGGAAGUGUGGUAAUGCGCGACAGGCGACUGUCUGGCGCGAUGGUCGGCUCCCGACAAAUCAUGCCGCCGUCCCUGGAAGAGGAGGUCAGGUUCCGCACGCUUGAACAAGAGGGGAUGGCGGCGCUGGACAAGGUGAUCGAGGGCGAGCUCCAGACAGACAGAGAGUACGUCAACGUCACCCAGGAGCUUGGUGGCCGCUGCGUUCCCCCACCGAUGCCGCACAUGCACCAUUCUAUGUCGGCGCCUGGCUACGUGAACCAGGAGAUGGAUCAGGAGGUGAAGGAGGCACAGACCCUCCCGGUCGCCCCUCCCCCGCCUCGCGACCCCAUCGUGAAGGGCGGACCGCAGGCCUCGCCAUACCCGCACACAUCAUCUCUGAGGUCCACCAAGUCGUUUAGUGGCCCAGCCUCCCCGCGGGACGACAAGCCCUCCCAGCUAGAACAGAGCCUCGCUAACGUUACCCUCCGUAAAACUGGAAAUAAACCCGCUUCGUCUGCAAGCCCGUUACAACAACAACAGGCGUACAGAUCAAACGUUUCUAAAUCAGUGAAUACAGUGAUCAAAUCUCCUGACUCGCCGAAUAACUUUCCAGUAUGGGAAAAAUCACAAACAAAUGUGUUAAAGACAAACGUUCCGCAAGCUCAGGAAGUGCCUAACAUGGACGUGCCAAGUGCCUCUUCCACCACUUCCGGUGUAGACGGCCGGGCUCCAGGUGGAGUUGGCACGUUACUUAAGAGGUUCGAGGUGCAGAGCAAUUCGCAGUCCCUGGUGAGCGAAAAAACUGUGGUCAAGAAAGCGCCUCAGAGAGUCCGCCUCACGGAGAGCGCGCUUCGGUCUCCCUGCGAUCAGUACGAGGUGGCGGAAACAACCAGUCCAGUCCCCCGGGGCGGCCAGACUACGGUCCCCCGUAACGAUCACGACAAGAAGGUGCAGUUUCAACAACAGGAGCAGAGGUCCGUGGACAUUCCCUCGACCGGAAGUGUAGGUCGAUUGCGCGAACGGCGGCAGAGCGAGCCUGCCAUGUCUGCUCAGAAUAUCAAGCAGAGACUUGAAGGUCUGAACCCUGAGUUUAAAAACAGGUUGGAGAACAUGAUCGGCGUUUCGAAAACGGUGGCCGCGCCACGCACCUCACAGCCGUCCUUCCCGGGGGCCGCCCCACCAGGGGCCGGCUCCAGGGGACGCCCGCUGCCGCCUACCCCGAACGGGGAGCCGCAUGACCACAUCUACGAGGCGCUGCCGGAAAACCAUAUCCCGCCAGACGAGGUCACGUAUUACAACGACUCCGGUCACGGCAGCAUGUGAGCCCACGUGACACAGACUGACUGACUGGUAGACGUCACGUUUAAACCACAACGCAGAAAGCAUUUUACAGAGUACUAUUACAGACAGUCGCUCACUAAAACAGUAGACAGUAGCACAUCUUACAUUAAUACUGAACAAGAGGAAAAACACUAAACAAUAAAGGAAAAAAACGUGUUUUACAAAAUCAUGAAAUCAUGACCAUUGCAGUGGCAGAACACACAGUUUUCAAACAAAUGUUCUGUUAUGUGUGCCUUGUGAAGAAAGAGCUGUUGUUGUAUUUCAUUUUGUUGGAAGAAUUGUCAUAUACUGUUCAGAAAAUGCCAUUAGUUUGUAACGCUUUUUAAAUUUCAUGUCAUUCCGAACCUUCAUAAUUUCUCAUAGUGUGUUUCUAAAACAUUCUCUGCUGUUUUAUUACUGUCAUUUCUUACCUCUACCAGCAGCUUUCGUCAUCCAACUUGUACGGAUAGCAACUUAUGUCUUCAAGCCUAAUGCAUUUAUGUAUGGGUGUCACAUUUUAAGGGGUUUAUAAAACCGUAUGUGAUAUAUUGUUGUAUCUAGCUAAUUCAUUCCAUGUUUCAUUUACAGUAUUCAGAUUUCAAUAUACACAUAUUAUUUUUUCAUUAAAAACAGAAAAGUGUC